GUGUUCUAUCGGGUUGAGGUCAGGACUCUGUGCAGGCCAGUCAAGUUCAUCCACACCAGACUCUGUCAUCCAUGUCUUUAUGGACCUUGCUUUGUGCACUGGUGCACAGUCAUGUUGGAAGAGGAAGGGGCCAGCUCCAAACUGUUCCCACAAAGUUGGGAGCAUGGAAUUGUCCAAAAUGUCUUGGUAUGCUGAAGCAUUCAGAGUUCCUUUCACUGGAACUAAGGGACCAAGCCCAGCUCCUGAAAAACAACCCCACACCAUAAUCCCCCCUCCACCAAACUUUACACUUAGCACAAUGCAGUCAGACAAGUACCGUUCUCCUGGCAACCGCCAAACCCAGACUCGUCCAUCAGAUUGCCAGAUGGAGAAGCGCGAUUCGUCACUCCAGAGAACGUGUCUCCACUGCUCUAGAGUCCAGUGGCGGCGUGCUUUACACCACUGCAUCCGACGCUUUGCAUUGCACUUGGUGAUGUAUGGCUUGGAUGCAGCUGCUCGGCCAUGGAAACCCAUUCCAUGAAGCUCUCUGCGCACUGUUCUUGAGCUAAUCUGAAGGCCACAUGAAGUUUGGAGGUCUGUAGCGAUUGACUCUGCAGAAAGUUGGCGACCUCUUCGCACUAUGUGCCUCAGCAUCCGCUGAUCCCGCUCCGUCAGUUUACGUGGCCUACCACUUCGUGGCCGAGUUGCUGUCGUUCCCAAACACUUCCACGUUCUUAUAAUACAGCUGACAGUUGACUGUGGAAUAUUUAGGAGCGAGGAAAUUUCACGACUGGAUUUGUUGCACAGGUGGCAUCCUAUCACAGUUCCACGCUGGAAUUCACUGAGCUCCUGAGAGCGACCCAUUCUUUCACAAAUGUUUGGAAAAACAGUCUGCAUGCCUAGGUGCUUGAUUUUAUACACCUGUGGCCAUGGAAGUGAUUGGAACACCUGAUUCUGAUUAUUUGGAUGGGUGAGCGAAUACUUUUGGCAAUAUAGUGUAUUUGUGAGAGAGAGAGAAAAUGCUGUCUUGUGACAUUAUAGUUUAGACAAAAAAUAAUAUAGAACAGCUUGUAAUGAAUAUGAGGACUAAAAAUCGUUAUUUUGGCUUUCUAGUAAUGUGGUAGCGUGGCCGAGCGGUCUAAGGCGCUGGAUUAAGGCUCCAGUCUCUUCGGGGGCGUGGGUUCGAAUCCCACCGCUGCCAACAACUUUUGAAACAUUUAUUUUUGGUAAAACGUAAACGAAAAGAUCAACGUACGUUCCUGUCUAAAAUUGUGGUUGAUCAUUUUCAUACGUUAUAAUAUAGUGCCUCGAUUACAACUAUAAAACACUGCAAAAGCAUGGACCGUCUGAAUGGUCUCUUAUUUUGAAAAAAUUCCCCAUUAAAGGAACGUGCUUUUGUAUCAUCCUUCACACCACUUCAGCGCAGCCGGCUGAAUGUCAUUUGGUUUUCUAUCCAGGUUUUUCCAUUAUGUCAGUAUGAGACCUGUGCUUGUAAAAUACCUCAUAUAUAUUUAUCAUUAUUAAAAAUGAAUAGAUCAAUGAAGCCUGAUAAGGGUUGUUCUUUAACUCUUGCACUGACCGUGUGCUCUGCUGCUAUUGGUGGAACUCUUCAGUAUGGCUACAACUUGGCUAUCGUCAAUGCACCCACUGCCUUCAUCCAGAAGUUUAUUAAUGAGACGUGUAUGGAGAGGUGGGACACUCCUCUGGACUCCAACCAGGUGGUCCUUAUCUGGACUGUCAUAGUGUCUGCCUUUUCCCUUGGGGGACUGUUUGGGUCGCUGCUUGCUGGACCAAUGGCUAUCCGUUUUGGACGCAGACAAACCUUGUUGCUGAAUAACUCUUUCCUUUUGGUUAGUACAGUCAUGGCCUUGGGCAGUCGCUCAGCCAGAUCCAUUGAGAUGAUCAUCAUUGCUCGUUUGCUUGUAGGAGUUAAUGCAGGCGUGAGCAUGAAUGUCCAGCCUAUGUAUUUUGGGGAGAGUGCUCCUAAGGCCAUGAGGGGUGCUGUUGCUUUUUCCUCAGCUGUUUUCACAGCCAUGGGAAUUCUGCUGGGGCAGGUGACAGGUUUGACUGAACUGUUGGGGAGUGAGGCUCUCUGGCCGUAUCUUCUAGCCAGCAACGCUGUUCCUGGACUGCUCCAGUUGCUCACUCUGCCCUGGUUCCCAGAGAGCCCUCGCUACCUGCUCAUCGACAGAGGCGACAGAGAGGCCUGCAAUCGUGCUCUUACCCGCCUGAGGGGCUGUAAUGUGUCAGAUGCUGAGAUGGAGGAAAUCCUCGAGGAGCGGAAAGCUGUUGGUGAGACACGAGCUAAAUCACUCUGGGAACUACUGUCUGAUCGUAGCUUACGGUGUCAGCUGUGCAUUGUCAUGGCAGCCAGCAGUUCCAUGAUGCUCUGCGGGAACGACUCCAUCUACUUCUAUGCCUCAUACAUAUUUCAAGAGGCAGGAAUACCCAUGGAUAAGAUCCAGUAUGUUACCAUUGGAACAGGUGCUUGUGAGUUCACUGCAGCUAUAAUGUGUAACUUACUGAUUGAAAGACUGGGUCGCCGCUUGCUCCUUGUUGGUGGGUAUGUGCUCAUGGCUGGCUGGGCAGUGGUGUUCACUCUGUCUCUGUCUCUGCAGGGUAAAGUGACUGGCAUGCCCUACCUGAGCAUGGCAUGUGUCUUUGCUUACAUCCUGAGCUUUGGAAUGGGUCCUGCAGGGGUAACUGGCAUACUGCCUACUGAGCUCUUCAACCAGAUGGCUCGACCUGCAGCUUACAUGAUGGCCGGCUCCAUGAUGUGGCUCAACCUCUUCCUGGUGGGAAUGGCCUUUCCUUUUAUAGUCAACAGUAUGGGCCAGUUUUGUUUUAUUCCUUUCUGUGGUGUGUGUGUGUUUUCAGCCAUAUUCAUCGGUCUUGCCUUACCCGAGACAAAGGGGAAGAGUAUAGCUGAAAUCACUGCAGAGUUUGAGAAACACAACACAAAGGCCUUAUCUAAUUCAACACAGGACCACAUACAGCUACAGGAAUCUCAGCACAUUAUUCAUCUGAAUUCUUAUGACUGACAGUUCGUACAAAGUGAUUAUACCUUGCAUUUUGCUGAAUAUGCAAUAUCAUAUGGAAUGAAAUAAGAAGUAUUUGCUGCAUCCUUUUUGUUAAAAGUAAAUUCAGGUGUUUUAAGAAGACACUGGAUUCCACUAGCAGACACCAUGUUUAAUCUGUUUUAAUUCAGUAAGUGGUCAAUUAUUCAUACCUGUGCAUAAUUUAAUGGUUGUUUGAUUGUAGUUUCAGUGUCUGUGUUUGACAAAUCUAAAUAGAGAACUUUAGGCAUCUUAAAAUUCACUAAUUUUGCUGCUGGCAGCUUGAGACUGUGAUAAAUACCUGUUCAACAGUGUCUGUCUGGGGAACAAUAACCCAUACCAACAGUGUCACAGACACUGUAGCCUAGUUUUAUUGAAUUGUCUUGGCAUUUUUCUUUCUUGGAAAUAUGUGAUUACCAAAAACAAACUCUAUCACCUGUCUCUGUAUGUAUACACAUUAAUAUUUUAGUAGGCUAUGACUUAUUUAUGACUGUGUAUGCACUGGAAAAAAAAACAUUUCACAGGACAAGUUAUAUAUGAGCUAAAUUAUAUUUUAAAGUAUAAGUUAUAUUUGCUGCAGUGUAAACAGACUGAUGUAUACGUAAUACGAUAUUUUAAACACUGAGAUGCUUUUCCAGUAUUGAAGUGUUGCUAUGUUGCUGCUGUGUAUGAUGGUGCUCCAUACUUAAAUUAUGGUGUCUCUUUUUUUCAAAUGCUAUGAAUAGACAUAAAAGUCCUGGUAUUUAAUUGUGCUUGAAAGGAAUUUGUGUUGAAACACACUGAUGAAAAUGCUAUGCAUGACUGCAAUGCCUUAAAAUGCAAAUCGCAUUUUUAGUCUUUUAGUCAGAUGUUUUAUCUAUUAUAUAAACACUGUGAUGCACUUUUAAUACAUAAAUUAUUUAUUUCUAAAGUAAACUCUAUUUAAUUCUAAGUACUGUUGAAGCCAAGUUUCUUUGAGAGAGCUUUUUUCCCCUUGGUGUGUCAUGAAGACCAAAGCAAUGGUUUUAAACUGCACCUUGACCAACUCAGGUCUUAAAUAUUACACUCCGAUAGGUGGCACUGUAUCCCAAAGACACUCUUGGUUGUUCUCUUGUACUGUUUUGACACUUUAUCACUGCAUACUGAUUGUUGUCGCAUGUGAACAAGGUCACUCUCAGCAUGUCAGUUCAUAGCAAACAGAUGACACGAUAGCAGAUGGAAAGAUUUCAUUCUGCUGUGCCUCCUCUGAUUUUAAGACUAUUUUUUAAGCUGUUUCUCUCUGUAUACAAAAAUAUGUAUACUCAUAUCAAUCAGCAAU